AUGCGUCGGCGUCCCAGUGCAGAUAUGCGCCGCCCCAGUGUUCAGGAAUUGGGCGAGAUGAUCAACAAACCUUCCACUCCUUUACAACCAAAAGGUGACGGUGGCCCACCAUCUAUCAUUGAUGUCGCUGAAAACUAUUCAGCU